UACACCGUUUGAGCGAGUUUGACAGAACCUUAAAUAAACAGCUUCAUCUAAAUCUUCAUUUGAUAGUAAUCGACUUUUUUGCGGUCUUUAGUAUUUUCAUUACUACACAUUUUUUCAAUUUUUUCUCUUUCUCUUUUCCAUCUUCUCAACGUACGGUCACUGAUUUUAUAUUCAUCAAUUACACGCUGCUAUAAAAUGUAUGGUAAAAUAAUACGCUUGUAAUACUCUUGGUUUUAAAAUGAUAUUAUUGAGUGAAUAAUCACAGCUAUAACUGGUCAUAUAUAAAAAUGAUAUUAAUUAUGAAAUCCAUGUAAAAGUAUAAACUGUUUGACUUUUCAUGUAAUUAUGUACUUUUUAUCUUAUCAUUUCAUAAGUAACAUUAAUUGAUAUAGAAUAAUCAGUACUUUUUUUGAAAAUCAACAAUAAACAUAUAAAUAUAGUUAAGUGAGCUAUAAUGAUAUAGAUGUAGUCAAAGUACACGCAGCAAUUGUGUUUUAUCUAGACAUACUAAUAAAAUAAAAGUUAUGUCUCUUACCAGUUGUAAUCAAUCUAUCAAGCUAUAAGUAGUCAUAUGUAUAUAUCUUAUACUGCGUAUAACCGCAAAUUUUUCUACGACUGAUCUUUGACGUCGCAAUUGUUGAACUAUUGAUUUUUGUUUUAUUUUAAAAUAAAAAAUAACUGAAAUGGUCCGAGCUUGGUACAUGGACGAUAGUUCCACUGAUCAACGUUUAGAACAUCACAGAAUACCUCCGAAGUAUAUUUCUUUAUCUGAAUUGUUUAAAAUCACUGGAGUAGAACAUUUUAAGAUUGACCCACAAAACUAUGAAACAGAUAAAAUUUUACAAGAAUUAAGAUCAGAAAGGGGAUACUCAUAUGAGGAUGAGAUUGAGUGUUCUCAAGAAUGUUUGGAUAAUUAUGAAAAAAAAUUGAAAACUUUUUUUACUGAACAUCUUCAUACUGAUGAAGAGAUUCGUUUAGUAUUGAGCGGAUCAGGAUAUUUUGAUGUUCGAGAUGAAAAUGAUGAAUGGAUUAGGAUUGAAGUUAAACCUGGAGAUUUAAUUAUUAUCCCCAGUGGAAUAUAUCACCGAUUUACGCUUGAUAUAAAUAAUUAUAUAAAAGCUAAACGUUAUUUUGUUGGCGAACCAAUAUGGCUGCCUUAUAACAGACCUGCUGAUGAAAUGGAGUGUCGUCAAAAGUAUCUUGACCGUUUAAAAAAUAAUUUUCGCACAAGUGCUCAAGAAAUCAUAUCAAUGUUAUAUAUAACUAUAAAACUUGUAAAAAUUAAUGUUGUUAAAAAGUAAAUAGUUCUUGAAUUUGAGAA